AUGGCUUCCCCUAGCAUUCUCACGUUUGACGCUGAGGGUCGGGCAGUGGACUUUGAGGUCUGGGUAGAUGAUCUGCAGCUUUUCCUGCAGUGCGAUAGGGCAGACGGCCUCUCCCUGUUUGACCUCACUUCUAGUGCCUCCCCUGCCCCUGCUGCUGAUGCUGACGCCACUGUUCGCUCACAGUGGGCCACACGUGAUGCUGCUGCUCGCCUCGCGGACCACUUCCUCUCUAUUUGCCCCACCACUCUUACCGUUGACCUCCUCGAGAAGGCCCUCCUAGCGAUAAAGAAGAGCAUAGUCGCUGUAGGAGCCUCUCGUGGUGACCCUCGCACCCCCGUCUUUGAGGGGUGUUCUCCCUCCCCCCUCUUGCCCUCUGUUGCCUCUGCUGCUGCGGCCGACCUCGUUGGUUUUGAGACGGUCGGCGCUGCGUCUGCCCCGAGCGGGAGACGCCGCACCGGCAAGGGCAAGGGGGGCAAGGGCAAUGGAGGGGCUGGAGGGGGCGGUGGAGGUGGUGGUGGAGGCGGUGGAGGGAGUGGGGGUGGUGGUGGGAGUGGUGCCGCGGGUGGCGGCGGCGGCGGCAGCAGUGGAGGCGGCGGAGGCGGUGGAGGUGGCGGAGGGAGCGGAGAUGGCGGAGGUAGUGGAGGAGGCAGAGGUGGAGGAGGCGGCGGAGGCGGCGGAGGCGGCGGUGGCGGAGGCGGCGGUGGUGGAGCGAGUCGCGACUCUAGGGGCGCCGGUGAUGGUCAGCGCCAGCAGCAGGAGCGGAGUGGUGUGACCCUGUCCCCUCAGCACCUUCGUGAGUGGUACACUGCACGCAAGCGCGGUGGGGGUUUUGGUCCCUGCUCUUACGCCGGGGUUGCUAUCUUUGAUCUUGACUUUGAUGCUAUUCUUGUUGCCAUGUAUGCUGUUGCUGAUAGUGUUGAGGGUGCCUGUUACCUGUGUGUACCGCCUAACUCGGGCAUUGAGGCUGCUGCGCUAGGUGCUGGUGAGGCUGCUGCUCUAGGUGCUAGUGUGUCUGCUGCUCCAGGUGCUAGUGCGUCUGCCGCCCCAGGUGCUGGUGAGUCUGCUCUCUCAGGUACUACGUCGGCUCAGGCCUUCCACACAUUCACCCUGGACUCGAGUGCGUCCCGCUCCUUCUUUCGAGACCGCACCACUCUUACAUCGCUUAGUCGGCCGGUUGCAGUCUCCCUGGCAGACCCCUCUGGGGGUCCUGUCCUUGCUAGCUUCUCCACUGUCCUUCCGUGCCCUGCAGCCCCCUCUGGCACCCUGUCUGUUCUCUACCUCCCCUCGUUCUCUAUGAACUUGUAG